AUGGGUUCAGAAGUCGAACAAGCAAGGCUCAAGCGUCGAACAAAGAUAGAAGCAUGGCUACUCGAUGUUGUAUGUCGACUGAAGAAAUGGACACCGGGCCACUGUCAGCGGCUUUUCCACGAAAAAGAGCUCAUCGAGUUAUGUUAUCGUGCUCGCGAAAGCUUUUGGAAAGACAAUACGAAACUUGAUCUUGACGUUCCAAUUAAAAUUUGUGGCGAUAUUCAUGGACAAUUUGAAGAUCUUCUAGCACUUUUUGAAUUAAAUGGCUGGCCGCCGGAGCACAAAUAUCUGUUUCUCGGCGAUUACGUCGAUCGAGGGCCAUUCUCAAUCGAAGUCAUUACCUUAUUGUUUGCAUUUCAAGUAUUGUAUCCGGACAAGGUCUCAUUACUUCGCGGAAAUCAUGAAAGUCGGCCAGUCAACAUGCAAUACGGAUUUUUUAUGGAAUGCAAGAAAAGGUAUUCGAUUCAAUUGUACGAAUGCUUCCAAUUGGCCUUCUACUGUAUGCCGCUAUGCGCAGUAGUUUCCAACAAAAUUCUGUGCAUGCAUGGCGGUAUUUCCGAAGAUUUAGUCGAUUUGCGACAGCUCGAAAAAAUUGAGCGUCCCUGCGAUAUUCCGGACAUUGGGGUGAUUGCGGAUUUGACAUGGGCCGAUCCCGAUCCGACCAUAACAGGAUACCAAGAUUCGCCAAGAGGAGCCGCUCGUGUUUUCGGUCCCGAUGCCGUGAAAAGUUUUUUGAAAACUCAUAAUCUGGAAUUAGUUGUUCGAGCCCAUCAGGUGACAAUGGAUGGUUAUGAGUUUUUCGCCGACCGACAACUCGUCACCAUCUUCUCAGCGCCAUCGUACUGCGGACAAUUCGACAACGCCGCUGCGGUGAUGAUAGUCGACGACAAAAUGCAGUGCUCGUUUAUGAUAAUGCGACCGGAUCUGAAGAAGACGACGCCAAAGCCCGCGUAG